AUGGUCUAUCUACAUUUCCCAUCCAACUUAACGGAAGAAGAAUUAAUGCUACAAGCUAAAUAUCAAAAGUUGAAGAAAAAGAAAAAAGCACUUCAAGCUCUUAAAGCACCGAAACAGGAACCAGAAAAGCCAAUAUUACCUAAACGACCGACUGAGGCUCGGGAUGCUCGAGAAAUUGCUCGCAAGCUUAUUAAGAGUGGCGCGAUCCAAGCUAUCAAAAGUCCGCCGCCACAACCACAAAAUGCAACUUUCAAGAGACCUAGAGCAGGCAGAGAACGCAAGUUGAGUGGUUCAACAGGUGCGGCAGGUGGAAUCGCAUCUUAUCAACCAUUCAGUGCUUCACAAGAACCACCACCUCCUGAGGAAAAAGCAUCACCACGAGUUAAAUACUUAUAUGACUCCUUUGUAACUGCUAGGGAAAAGGAAGAAAAGUCAUCCAGAAAUCAAGGUCCCGGAGAAUCAUCAAAUAGUAGCGGCAAAACUACUUCUUUACAAAUUGUAGGCAGUAAAAUCACAGAAGAGCUAUUAAGACGGCGUUUGGCAUCAUUUGAACCGUUCACUUUCACCCAAGAGCCUGAUGAAGAAAAAGUGUAUCUAACAUUUGAAACCACUGAUAUGGCAACACACGCUCAUUCUGCUCUUGAGGGAUGUGAAGAAGGCUGGCGCGUUUCUUAUGUUAGAAAAACCCCACAGCCUGGGUCUUGGACACCUUCAGCGACAGCUCGCAACAGUCAGCCUGCUCCACAAAAAGAUGCAAAAAGAACAUUAUUAAUCUAUGAUGAUAUUUUUGAAUAA